AUGUGUGCCUGCCCAAGAACAUUUGAUGAACAACAGUUACAGCUUCCUCAGGCUCAAAAGCUUGCUGACGAUCAGGGAUUGGUUUUGAUGACCACUGUUGCCAUGCCAGUAUUUAGUAAGCAAAAUGAGACUAGAGCGAAAGGCAUUCUUCUGGGAGUUGUAGGCACAGAUGUCCCUGUGAAAGAACUGUUAAAGACUAUUCCAAAAUACAAGUUAGGUAUUCAUGGAUAUGCAUUUGCAAUCACAAACAAUGGAUACAUUCUGACUCAUCCAGAACUCAGGCCUCUGUAUGAAGAAGGAAAAAAGCGAAGAAAGCCGAACUAUAGCAGCGUUGAUCUUUCAGAGGUUGAAUGGGAAGACAGGGAUGAUGUGCUUCGCAAUGCAAUGGUGAAUCGGAAAACAGCAAAAUUCUCCAUGGAAGUGAAGAAAACAGUGGACAAGGGGAAGCGGGUUUUGGUGAUGACAAAUGACUACUAUUACACAGACAUCAAGGGGACUCCUUUCAGUUUAGGUGUCGCUCUUUCUAAAGGACAUGGCAAAUAUUUCUUCAGAGGAAAUGUUUCAAUAGAAGAAGGGUUGCAUGAUUUAGAGCAGCCUGAUGUAUCUUUGGCAGAUGAAUGGUCCUACUGCAAUACCGACGUGCACCCUGAGCACCGCCAGAUGAGUCAAUUGACAGCUAUUAAAAACUACCUCACAGGAAAAGAGCCAUUACUUCAGUGUGAUAAGGAAUUGAUACAAGAAGUAUUGUUCGAUGCAGUAGUGAGUGCACCAAUAGAAGCUUAUUGGACCAGUCUUGCACUAAACAAAUCAGAAAAUUCAGACAAGGGAGUAGAGGUUGCUUUCCUUGGAACUCGUACAGGUUUUUCUCGUGUCAAUUUAUUUGUGGGCCCAGAACAACUAACUAACCAAGACUUCUUGACAGCUGAAGACAAGGAGAAUAUUUUCAAUGCUGAUCACUUUCCACUUUGGUACAGAAGGGCUGCUGAGCAGAUACCAGGAAGCUUUGUAUACUCCAUCCCAUUCAGUACAGAAACUGCAAACAAAAGCAAUGUGGUGACAGCAAGUACUGCCAUUCAGCUUCUCGAUGACAGAAAAUCUCCAGUGGUCGCAGGUAGAAUUGUUGCUGCUUCUUUACAUCAAUGUUAUAAAGAGGCUUUGCUUUUUGCAUGCCACUUAGACAGCCUAUAA